AUGUCUGCUUUAGCGCCUUCAGACCCUUCCCAGGCGUCCUUGUCAGCUCCCAAGCAGAAGAGCAGCAAGAAGAAGAAGAAGAGCGCCAAGGGAAAGAGUAACGGCGAUGCCAUCAAAUCGCAGGAUGCUGAAAAGGACAGCUCGCUGGAGGUUGGCGGUGGUGGUGAAGGGGAGCCCGAGGAUUCGGAGCAGUCAGCCUUGAAUACUCCGAGUGAAGCACAAUUCCCGGGAAGCAUCCACUCGCAGACGAACGGCCACAAUCAUGAUGAUACGAGUCGGCAUGCAGUUGCUCCUUCGAACCUAGCACCUGCUGCUAGUCCUUUGACGACCAACCGGAAAACGGAAGAUAAUAUGGACAGCAAUGCGUCGGAUACCUCUGAUGCCAGCGUUCGAUUGGAAGCGAUGUCACAAGAACGUGAAGCAUUACGUGCCGAAGUAGAGCAAUUACGGAAGUCGUUAGAGGAUAUACAAGGCAAACACGCGGAAGAGAUAUCCAAAAUAAAGGAUGAGCAUGUGGGGAAGGUAUCAACCAUUCGGACCCAACAUACGGAAGAGGUUUCGGUGAUCAAGGAGCAUCAUACGGAGGAAAUGUCAACCGUGCGAGCAGAGCUAGAGGAAAGUGAAUCCGCAAAAGAACAUGCCGAGACCCAAUACCAGCACCUUCUAGGCCGUAUCAAUACAAUCAAAGCAAGUCUAGGGGAGCGUUUAAAAGCGGACAAACAAGAACUAGCAGAGGCGAAGGAGCAGAUAGAGGAACUCGAGUCUCAAAAUAAGAGCCUCCAAAAACGCGUCCAGGAUUUGGAGGCGGAUGUGAAGCGCUUAGAGGCUGAAUCCCAGGACUCUUCGAAAGAGCUAUCAAGUCUACGGAACCGGCACAAUCUGUCACAGCAAAAUUGGGUCCACGAACGGGAGGAUUUGAUACAACAGGCUGGGCAAUUGAAGGAUGAAGCAGAAGCAGCUAAGGAGGCAAUGGGCGACUGGGAAGUCCUCGCCAUGGAGGAGAGAUCCAUGCGGGAAGGACUGGCGGAUAGGAUUAAGGACCUGGAGGAGCAAUUCUCCACCCAAAAGGAGGCAUAUGAGGCGGCAGUGAGCGAGAGGGACAGCCAAUCUCAAGCACUGGAGGGUAUACAGAGAGCCCUGCAGGAAGUCCAGGAGGCCCGAAAACGAGAAUUGCGUGAAAUGGUUGAAUCCUAUGAGGAACAACUAGGCGGUUUGAAGAAGCUUGUCCAGGAGUCAGAUUCACGAGCUCAAGGGGCCGUGGAAGGGAAGGAUGCCUUGCAAAUGGAGCUCGAUAGGUUAACGCCUUUUGAAAAGGAGGUGAAGGAAAAGAAUCUCCUGAUUGGAAAGCUUCGCCAUGAGGCAAUCGUUCUUAAUGAUCACCUCACCAAAGCCUUACGGUUCCUCAAGAAGGCGAAACCGGAGGAUAACAUUGAUCGUCAAAUCGUAACCAACCAUUUCCUGCAUUUCCUAGCACUAGACCGGUCAGAUCCCAAGAAAUUUCAGAUCUUGCAGUUAAUUUCUGCGCUUCUUAAUUGGACCGAUGAGCAGAAAGAGCAAGCAGGUCUUGCACGGCCAGGCGCCUCAAAUAACAGUUUACGUUUACCGAUAUCGCCAUUCCACCGCACUCCGAGCACACCAUCGCUCUCAACAGAGUUCUUCUCGGAGCCGUCGGCCACCAAGGAGUCGUUGGCUGAUCUGUGGACGGGUUUCCUUGAGCGGAGCGCGGAGGAGGGGUCUAGGAAUGGUAGCAGAAGCGGAAGCGUGAGCAGCAGCAUAGCCCAAAGGCCAGAGACUAAGGGCUAG